AUGUUAUCUGAAUUAGAUAAGAAAAUGUGUUCUAGACAUAAAUUAGAAAUUUUGACAAUAGAUUUAAAGUAAUCAACUGCUGAAGAGGAUAAAUAUCUUUGUAUCAAGUGUCUAAUGGAGAAGAUUGAUAUAUAAAAUAUGGCUUUGGUUGAAGAGACUAAAACAAUGAUAAAACAAAUGAAAAAUGAACAAUUGAGUUAUAAACUCAAAGAAUAUUAAAGAAAAAUUGAGAAUUACAGGGAAAUUCAAUCCUAAGUGAAAGAAUUGAAAUUGUCUAUUAAUAAUACUUUAGACAAAGUUUAAUGUAAUAUAGAUUAGAAAAUAACUUAAAUGGAAAAUGAAUUAGAGUAAUCAGAAUCAAAAAUCUAAGUGUCUUCUUUUGAAGAAGAUGUAACACUUUUAUCAAAGAAUUACAAAGGAUCAUUCAGUUUUGAAUUACCUAAAUAAUUGGAUANAACAUUUUGGAGCAAUAAAAUAACAUUUAAUUAUAAAUUUCUUCUCAAUAAUACCAAAUAAAUUUAAACUGUCUAAAUAGAUCAGAAAUAAAAUAAUUACAGAUUCUUUUUUUUGUGA